AUUUGAACUUGAUUGAAAUAAGUAGGCCCUAAAAGAAAAAAAAUGUCUACAUCAAUCAAGCGUCAUUAAAAUUUGUCGGAAGAAGAUCUGUAAAAAAUGAAUGCAUUACCCUCAACGUUUGCAAGCAUUUUUUUCUUCUUGGUGGGCAUAUCCUCCGACAUUUUGGAUGAUAUCAACGAAAUGUCAAGAAGGCAAUUAUUUGAAUUAGUUAAAAAUGAUAAACGGCCACACCUUGUACGAUUCAGAACCUGUGAAAAGGGUAAUAAUAACUUACGUCAUGAUCAGAACAUUUACUUAUGGCCAGAAUGGAUUAACAAAAAUGACGAUUUGGCAUUGCAAGAAUACGAAUUUGCGUAUAUAGGUUAUCAUUUUGAAAUCGACAAAUCAAAGGCUAGUUUUGACAUUCAAAACCUGACAAUUUUUCCGUAUGCAGCUUAUCCUGGUGAGGUUUUGAUAAUAAUUACUGCUAAGAAAAAAGCCAAUUCUCUACGAAUAGACCUUCCUAAAGAUAUCUUUGGCGAAAGUGGAUACAAGCUUUGUGUUCUCAAUCUUAAACCUUACAAUCCUGUUGCUCUUAUCGAGGGAGGAGCAAGUCGAGUUGUAGCCUCAUCAUCCGACAUUCAUGUCGACGGUAGUUUAUCAUAUGAUAAGAAUUUUAAAGACAGAUCACACAAAGGACUCAAGUUUUAUUGGACAUGUAAACAAACCUUGCAACCACCUACUUUCUGUAAAAGUGGGAUUAUCUCCAAAGAAAAACGCUUUACCAUUCCUAAAAAAUUUGUCAAGGAAGGUGAUUCGUUUAAAAUUACCUUAACUCUGAAAAGUACGUUUACAACUACAGCCGCAAAACAGCAAACAGUUACAGUCAAAAGUGGAGUCGCAAAUCUGAUGAUUAUAUGUAGGAAAAAUUGCCCACCAGAAAUGAAAAUAUCAAGUAUUAAGGCAAGAACGAUCUUCAAAGUAAAUUGCAAGCAAAACUGCGGUGGUAUCAAUGAGACAACAGACUACAUUUGGACGAUCAAAUCGAAAACAAAUCCAGACUUUUCGUUCGAUUAUAAAAAAAAAUCACGAUUUGGCAGAAUUGGACCAAAAUUCGUAAUUAAACCAAAUGCUUUAAAAACAGAUACGUACACUGUAAGUGUUAGUUUGAGUCCUAAAGCGAUACGUACUGGCACUGCAAGUUUUGAAAUCAAGUUUGGAGAACUGGAAGGUGUUAGAAGUUGCUCAAUCGAACCGAAAACUGGACAAACUCUUGUCACUAAGUUCCGUUUGGUGUGCAUUCAAGUGUCGGAAAAUGAUACAUUUACGUACGAGCUGUAUGGCAGGGAUAAAAAAGAUCCAACAAUUGAAGAGUUUCUAAUAGGCGGUAACAGCCCUGACAUUUUUACUAAAACAUUCCCAUUACCAACUUCCGAAAAUUCAAAUUUUGUUGUCAAAGUAAUGAGAAAAGGUGAACCCAAACGUGAAAUUCCACUAGACGUCGUAGUAACGUCGAGUUUAGGCGAUAAAGACUCAGAAGAGGCUUUAGGAGUCUUGAAAGAUUACUACAAAGAAUCAGAUAUUUCUGCCGGUGUUGCCAGUAAUUCAUCUGCUGAAAGACAAAAAGCAUUGCAAAAUUUCAAUGUAUUAGUCGAUGAAGUGAUGGAAAGUGUACGCAAGAACGAAAAGGUGGACGAAUUUAUUAGAAAUUUGAAAUUACAAGCAGCCAGUGACUUUUCUAAAUCACCACUCGAUACAAUUAACGAGGUUUUGCAAGUGAGUAACACCAUAACAAACCUUCACAUUCAAGCCAGGGAAAAGGAGUUACCCAAAGCAGACCCCGAACUUGCUGAAGCAACGACCAAAGUUUGCAAAACAAUGAGCCAUAAGUUCUUAGAAUUGUUGAAAAAGGAGAAAUAUCCAUUGACGCUCGACGACAAAGCUCUGCAACAUUCUCGGAUCGUAGAGAAAUGUGUGCAGACUUAUGGCAAUGCUGAUUAUACACUUGUGGCUCCAAAGGAAUACAAUCUGACACAACUGGAAAUCAUCAAACAAGAAUUUGAACAAUACGAGAAUUUCGACGAAAAAUAUUUCGAAAAUAUGCAAAAGUUAAAGGAAUCAAGUUUAAAGGCGAUCAAAACUGCUUCGAAUACUGCAAAGUCUAUUGCAAUGACCCGUGCAGUUGGUGAUGAUGAAUUUAGGAUGAAUGGAUCUAUUAGUUCGGUGGUUGUGUUAAAAGACGAAGGAAAAUAUUUAGUUAAGAAGGUGGUGACCUCUAAUGGAGUGGUUUUGAUUCCUCCGAAGGAAUUCGCAGGUGACAGUCAUCCGUACGAUAUUUUGAUGGUCACUUGGAACCGCGACAUUAUGUGGUGGAAUCCUGGCAAAAUCCAUGUCGAUACAGACAUAGCCAAAAUAGAAUUUUGGCACUCGACAUGCAAGCAACAUAUUACACACUUUAAGAAACCGGUCCACAUAUUUUUUAAGGUAAGAAACGAUGGCACAAAAAUUUUGAACAGAAUGCUGGAUACCUACGAUGUUCCUGAAAACAUUGAAACUAUAAAACCAUUCAGGCGUAACUAUUUAGUUAAAGUUUAUCGAAUUGCUUUACCAAGAUUAAGAAAACUGCAUCUCCGCUUUUUCAAUUUAACGAUACCCAAGUCAUUGAAGUUUGUGGUCAAAUUUUUCGAAUAUCCAGAACAUAAAGAUUUUAAAAGAAGCGUAACAAUGAGAGCACGUGGUAAACAAUAUUAUGUCCGUAAUAGCAAGACUUAUGAUAUUUGGAUUUAUAUUGGAAUUUUUCCUCUAAAAGGCUUUGCUGGACGUUCAAUAGAUUAUGGGUUGGAAUGGUAUGGAUCAUCCUGUCUCAAAUGGCACGAGAACAAGACUGUAUGGCAAGCAUCAGGCUGCCAGGCUGGACCAAAAACGAAUUUAACAACAGUUCACUGUUUAUGCAGCAAUUUUUCAUUGCUCGCCGGCUAUUUAGAAAAUUAUCCUGUCGAACCUCAGCAAGUAAUCCGUCCGAAUAUAGUACUGAGGUUGAUAUCUUGUUAUGUCAUUUUUAUAACAGUGUGUACAACUUACUGUAUUUUUUACCUACUCAUAUUCUUCACUUUGAGAGAAAGAAGAAAGAAACAAUUAUUUUUUUUGGCCGAUAAUAAUCUUGAACACCCUUUUGCCUAUCUGCUUCUGAUUAAAACAGGACAUGGCUACAAUUCUGGUACUUCAUCGAAUAUUAUGAUUAAACUUAUCGGAAGUAAAAAGUCAAGUGAGCCUCACGUUUUAAAUUUUCCGGAUCCAAAAUUGCAGCUUCUUCAAAGUUUUGGGAAUGAUAUGUUUGUGAUGACCACAGAAAGUCAUUUAGGCGAAAUACGAAAAGUGGAAUUGUGGUUUGAUUCAAUUGGACCUAACGCUUCUUGGCACUGUCGGAACAUUUUGGUAUACGACAUGCAAUUACGCCAAGAGUGGAAUUUCCCUAUUAAAACGGACUUAUCUCUGCGCAGAGGCACAACUCGCCUUAUUGUAACAUCAGACUCUGAACAAGAAAAGGAUAAGGGUUUUUUAUCAAUGUUUAAUAUUCGAAUCUUCUCCCAAAGAUAUCAUACUUGGUGUUUUUUUCGUUAUGAAGAGCAUCUUUCAUUCUUGAAGAAAAUUACUAUCGUUUUAUCAAACUGUUUGAUGACUUACGUUUUUGUAAUGUUGUUUUACACAUUGCCUGAAAUGCAUUUGCACGAUUCUCUGGAUUCUCGUCAAGCUUUAACGAUUGAGAGUUUUGAUGUUUUUGUGGCGUUUGUUGCCUCUUUUAUGCCAUUUCUUCUUCAUAAUGGAAUUGCAUGGAUAUUUCGGAACACGCAACGCCAGUUCUCCAGAUACAGAUACACGAAUAAACUACCGGUUUCAGUUAAUUUCACUUUGUGGGGAAUACUCAUUUUUAUGAUUAUCUUUUCGACGACUCUUUUAAUAGUAUUUGGAUUUUGGGUGCAGUUUUAUAGUAGUUGUGUUUGGCUUAUGUCAUGUAUCAUUGGACUUCUACUUGCUAUGACGAUUUAUGAAACUUUGUGGUCGAUGGUUCUCAAUAUGCUGUACAAAAUGGAAAUAGGCCACAACAUUGAAAAAAUGUUUAACGACAUAAAAGACGGAAUUAAUCUUCAAAGGGCGUAUUUGUACAAACAGUUUGGUACUUUAGUUUUACGGCCUUAUUUCGAACACUUGUACAAACCUUUAAAAGUGAGAGAUGUGAUGGUAAAAAAGUUACUGUUGAGACGACGUUUGUCCAUAAUUGCGGAACUUGAAGAUCUCGUUAUGUUUACAAUUUACAUAACAAUUUUGUACAUUACUAUCUUGUCUAAUAAGGAUUUCCUGACGAUUUAUGGUAGAAAAGAAAUGUCUGAAAUUGUGCAAGGCCUUUUUACUCGAACUUUCGGAUUUUCGAACAUUAACGAUGGACAAGAUAUUAUUAGGUAUCUCAACGACACGUUAAUUCUAGCAGUUCAUCCUUUUGAAUGGUAUGGUAAUUAUUCCAUAAUCGAUUCCACAAAACCAAACGUUGUCGAUUUGGUCAAUAAACUAGUGGGUGUUGUUCGUAUAAGGCAACAGAGAAUGAUGCCUAAUUUGUGUGAAGUUGCACCACAAAUGCGUUUUUUGAAUAUGUCUUGUUGGCCGGAGUUUUCUCAGUCGAUGAUUGAAACGAAAAGGCAUGGAUAUGCAUGGGGAGAGUAUACUCCUUAUUUGGUUCAUGACAGACUGGGAGGCAUUUGGGAAUAUCAGCCUGAAUACAAGACUCAGACGUUGGCGCAUAUUGGUCAAUUUGCUAUUUAUUCUGGUGGUGGAUACAUUAUGUAUUUGGGCCGUAAUUACUUCAAUUCGUAUCUAAAUGUGCGCCAAAUGAUCGAUAAAUUGUGGAUAGAUAGAGGAACCAGAGUCACAUUUAUCGAAUUUUUGUGCUACAAUCCCAAUGUUAACACUUUCAAUGCCGUUAAAUUACUGUUUGAACAAAGUGCAACCGGUUUUAUCGAAAAAAGUGUAUAUGUGUUUCCCGCCCGAAUGCUUUACGUGGGCAACGAAACCCAGAUAGUUUCUUUCGUUUUUAUGUUCGUCAUUUGGGUUUUUUUCAUGCUGAUGAAACAGAUUGUUGCCACUGUUAAAGGUUUUCCGCGGGUUUUCAAGGAUCUUUGGUUUCUGAUUGAUUGUUUUAUUAUCACAAUGAGCGUAUUAUGUAUCUCCGUAUUUAGCGUGAGGACGUAUAUGGUGAGAACCUACUGGAAUCAGUUGGAACAUGUGGAACACAAAUUCGUAAAUUAUUUCCAUCUUUUCUACAUCGAGGAUGUUCUGAGUUACGUUGCUGGUUUCUUGAUUUGCACCGCAACGAUUCGAUUGUGGAAGUUUCUUCGAUUUGCUUCAAUGUUUCGAAAACUGGAACUGACAUUUAUCAUAGCUGGAAAUGCUUUCAUGUCAUUUGCUGUUGCUUUCUUUUUGCUGCUUUUUACCUUUGCGAUGGCUAUUAAUAUGGUGAUGGGAAACUACUUUAAGAAAGUUUACACAGUGCCAAGAACUGCAAGGAUGAUGACGACCUUAGCACUGAAACCGCUUGAGAUGGAACUUCACCGAUUUUUGGUGAACAAAGUUGCAACCAUCUACAUUACACUCUACAUGGUUGUUGUCCAAAUAUCAAUGUUUGUCUUAAUUAUGAUAAUCGUAAUGGCUUACAUCGAAGCUCAGAUGCAAAUCGCGUCCGAAGUCUUCAAAUACAGCAUUUACAACUAUUUGGAAGAACGAAUGAAAUACAUCCCAAGGUAUUUCAAGUACAAAUUCAAGCGCCGAGCAAGAGCCGGUUUCGAAGAGUUGCUUAAAGUUACACCGAAACCUGAUAAAAUUAUCUACUUGUUUUGUAAAAUUGUGACUUCAAACAGAAUGAUGGCAAUGAAGUAUUUGACGAAAUGUCUCGUAACAAACAAGAACAGAAAGAAAACUGGAGUUUUAUCUGAAUACAACUCACGAUUGAUGUUGAAAGUGUGCAGAAGUGUGUUGAUCAAGCCGGAAGAACAGGAGGUUGAAGUGUUUUACAAAGGGCGUGUGCAAGGGCAAAGACUAAAAUUUGUUGAUGAGAGAAGAGUUGAGCAAAUUGCCAAUAUUGUUAACCUGCUGCUUCAAGAUCGUUUGCUAGAGUUUAGUCAAACUGGAAUCGAAGAGUCGACGAUUGAAAAAUGUGCUCGGUCGAUUAAGCAGGACAUAAAUACACUUCAAAGAUGCAAUCUGCAGUUGAAGUUAAUUUUACAUAAAUGGUUUUCGAUUGAAGCGAGUUUAAAAAAGGUUUUGAAACGUUAACUUUGUAUAUUGCUUAUUUUAAACUGUUCAAUACAUUUUUAUGUUG